AUGGUACAAGAAGUAAAUGUAAUAAGGUCGCCACCAGAGAAGGCAAAUGAAAAUGAAAAUUUAAAUAUAAAUAAAACUCCAAUAAAUAAGAAAUCUGUGGAUUAUGUGAUACGAUCAGGAAUUGCAGGAGGUGUAUCCGGUUCAUGUGCAAAGACAUUAAUUGCACCAUUAGAUAGAAUUAAAAUUUUAUUCCAAACUUCUAAUCCACAUUAUGCUAAAUAUUCAGGUUCUUUAAUCGGAUUAAUGCAAGCUGCAAAACAUAUUGGAAAUAAUGAUGGUAUUAGAGGUUUUUUCCAAGGUCAUUCUGUCACACUUAUUAGAAUAUUCCCAUAUGCAGCUGUAAAAUUUGUUGCAUAUGAACAAAUUAGAAACGUAUUAAUACCGUCAAGUUCUUAUGAAACACAUUGGAGAAGAUUAGCAAGUGGUUCUUUAGCGGGAUUAUGUAGUGUAUUCAUAACUUAUCCAUUAGAUCUAAUUCGUGUUAGACUUGCAUAUGUGACAGAACAUAAAAGAGUGAAGCUAACAGAAGUUGUAAACAAAAUAUAUCAUGAACCAGCAUCUGUCACAUUAUCAUCAAAUGGUUAUGUCCCAAGUUGGUUUGCACAUUGGUGUAAUUUUUAUAGAGGUUACGUACCAACAGUUCUUGGAAUGAUUCCAUAUGCUGGUGUUUCAUUUUUUGCGCAUGAUCUUAUUCAUGAUAUAUUUAAGACUCCAUUAUUUGCACAAUACUGUUUAGAACCUUUGUCACCCGAGCAAGAGAUCAAGUUAAAGGAAAGAAAACAAAAGAGACCUUUGAAAGUUUGGGCUGAAUUGAUAUCAGGCGGAUUUGCAGGUAUUUUAUCUCAAACUGCAGCGUACCCAUUUGAAAUAAUAAGAAGAAGAUUACAAGUUAGUACAUUAUCACCAAGUAAUAUGUUCACUCAUAAAUUUCAAAGUAUUUCUGAAAUUGCAGCAGUUAUUUUUAAAGAACGUGGAUGGAGAGGCUUUUAUGUGGGGUUAAGUAUCGGCUACAUCAAAGUAACACCCAUGGUAGCCUGUAGUUUCUAUGUCUAUGAAAGAAUGAAAUUAUAUCUUGGCAUAUGA